AUGGCUGACCAAGAUGAUGGAGGCCUGAGGCUCGUGAUGUCCCAGAUCGAGCAGUUAAUUUGCGGCCUGCUGGCAUCACAGGACCUGCAGUGCGUGGAUCGCAAGUUCUCAAACCCCGUGCAGAUCAGAAGGCCAUCCAGGAAGGCGUCCAUAUCGAACUCGGCGGAAAUCCCGCACAUGGUUCCGGAACGCGGCCCCUUUCCGGACCCGCCGACGCCGACCCUCAAUCCCAAGACACUGAAGCCGCAAAACUCGGGGGUCUCCAAGCAGCCGUCGCUCCCACCGAACUCGACGCUCUCGGUCUCCAAGGUCUCCAACUCCCCAAGUCGUCAGGUGACUCCUAGCGACGAUGGUUCCACGGAUGGGAUGGAAGGCCUUUACAGGCUACACCAUGGAUGGGAGAAGAGGGUGCGGGAACAGGGCUCCUAUAGGCUCCAGAAGACCGGGCCGACGCGGACGCACUCCACGAAUCUGGUGCCAUCCACGCCCCAACCGCACAAAAAGGGCUGGUGCCCCCCAGACAUGAAGUUCCUUUGGUCCGUGGCAGCCGGAUCUCUGAUCCUCUUCGACUGCAUCUCCAUACCACUCUUGGGCUUCACCGUCCGAGAGCCAUGGGUCUUCGACCUGAUCCGGAUUGUGUUUUGGACCUUGAGCCUGCCGCUCCUUUGGAGAAAUCACGGUGGAUGCAGCUCUUAUGCCCUCGCUGAUCUUGCCGUGGAGGUUUUCCUUGUGAUCCUGAUCUUCUGCGCCCUGAUCCAGGGAAGCAGCCUCUCGACGGAGGCCCAAUUCUUGCUGCGAGGCCCAGAGCUCACCCGAAUGCGUCACAUCCGCCGACUCCACGGGUUGCGCAUGUUCCCGCGCUUCCUCGUGAGGUGGAAUCGCGGUGAGUUGCGGAGGUUGGAGAUGCGGGCUGCAGCCAACAUCUGCAUCACAUUGCUGCUGUGUGCGAUCGGCGUGCACGUGCUGACCUGCACUUGGUUUGCCGCCGGAAGCUCUCCGAACGGAUGGGCGGUGAACGCUGGCCUUCUCGAGCAGCCUUUCACGGAGCAGUACCGGAUGACAUUGGAGUUUGCGCUCUCCCGGAUACCUCCAUCGAAGACCACGGACAACAUUAUGCUGACGACGCAGGCAGAGCGAGGAAUUGCUUUGACGGCAACGGCUGCGGCAAUAUUAAUCGGGUCCAUUUUCACCUCCAUCGUCACCAACGACAUGUCGGAUAUCCGUCGUGUGCGGCGGCAGCAGGGUGAAGCAGAUUGCCAACUCUCCGACUUCCUGGAGACAUAUCCGGUUUCUUGGAAGUUGGAACGUCGCUUGAAGGACUAUCUCAAGCAGACUGUGAAGAGAGUCACCCUGCCUUCCAAGCUCGAAAUAGCUUCACUUCUACCCGAACUGUUGCAUACGGAAUUAUGUGGCGAGGCGUUCGGUGGCAUAGUGGCCUGCCAUCAGACGUUUUUCUCCUUGAUGGUGAAGUAUCCAGACUUCCAGUACGACCUGUGCGUGCAGGGUCUUUCUGACUGGACGCUGGCACCGAAUGAGACCUUGUUCUCUCCUGGGCUACGAUGCGACAACAUGUUGUUUGUGGCAUACAAUUUCGUCUUGUACAAGCAGAAAGGCAUGGUUACACAGACAGAGCGCAGCAACCCACAAACAGCGAAGACCUGGUCCGUGAAUCGUGCAACUACGUGGGCGACGAUGUCUCCGAUAACUGCAAGCCAACAGGUUCAGAAUUUUGUCAAGUCAGGGAAGUCUCAGAAGAGUCGGACCCGGGUCUUGCGCGUCACGCCUGGUCACUGGAUGUGCGAGGGGUGUCUAUGGACGCACUGGCAGUACCUGGGGCAAGCAGUUGCCGGCUCCAGCGCGAGCCUUCUGUGCUUGAGCUACCAGCAGCUCUUGUCUGUAACGGCCAGACAUCCCGAUGUCUCUGCGGAGCUUGUAAUUCACGCGCGGCUCUUCCUCAGUGCUCUGGACGAAAUAGCGGAGGAUGAGCUCCAUGAUCUGAGCGCCGUCUUGUAA